UUCCAGCAAAUGGACAUCGAUGGAAGUGGGGAACUUGACCUGAAAGAAGUCAAGACAGCUUUCUCUCUGCUCGGGCUUGAGAAGUCCGAUGAUGAUUUGCAAAGAAUAUUUCAUGAGUUUGACACUUCAGGGGAUGGACUCAUCCAGUUUGACGAG